AUGUCAUUGACUGCUGUUAGACAAAGACUUUUAACUAUUAAUAACACUAGAACUUAUGUGGAAUUUGAUCCAAGAGAGACAGUGCAGUUGUAUAAUGAGACUAAGAGAUAUUUGAAACAUGGAGAUACUCAACUGACUCCAGAACAAAGGUUGUCAUUAAUGGAGAUGUUAUUUUAUUUAUCAAUAUUUUGUAGUGAAGACGUAGAAGCUCAAGUUAUUUAUAAUCAGAUUAGUGAUACUUUAGGUGAAGAAUCAUGUAAAUUACAGGUUAUGAAAGCCACACUUCUGCAAUUUAAUGGUUCUAUUGAGGAGGCAAUUAAAUAUCUGGACGAUUUAAUACGUCAAGAAUAUGAAUAUGACACAGAUAUGGCAAGCUAUACAGUAUUAUCUAAAAAAUUGUUAACUUUGAAAUUAUAUUAUGGUAAAGACUACAAUAACAAUGAUGUUAAUAAUGAUAUUAAUAACAAUACUGAAAAUAAACAAACUAAAAAGUAUUGGGAUACAUGGAUAAAAGAAAUUAAUAUUUUAAUUGAGAAAAGUCCAUUGGACCCAGAAUUAUGGUGGUUUUUGGCUAAAAUAUAUGAAUUAAAUAGACAUUUUGAUUAUGCAAUUCAUUGUUUGCAAGAAGUUGUAUUGAUUAUGCCAUUUAACUAUAUUGCCUUUGCCAAAUUGGCCGAAAUGUAUGUUUACUAUUCAAUGAGCACUAAAAUAAAUCAUAAAGAUAAAGUAGAGGUCCUGAAGUCAGCACUUAAUAAUGCUUUAAGGUCAGUAGAAUUGAGUGAGACUUUCUUAAAAGGUUGGACUUUGAUUAAAUUAAUAUGUGAAAGAUUGAAGGAUGAAGAUAAGACUAGAUUGAUUAAACUAGCUAAUAAAAAAUUAAAGGAGAUUGGAAAUGAGUCCAAUGAUUAUGAUAGAUUUAUUUCUGGUUAUAUUCUCUCUAAAUGA